CGCACCACCGCCGCAUUACUCCCCGUAUCGACACAACACACGAAAGCAACUCCUUUUCUAAUACAGCUCCGAAGAAAGCAUCCCAAUCAUGGGUUCCUCCGAUUGCGACGCCGCAUCCGCCACCCCUCAACUCUACCAAAACGUCGUGGUAAUGCGCCACGGUGACAGGUUAGACAACUUCGUGCCGCUCUGGGCGGCGUCGGCGCCUCGUCCGUGGGACCCGCCGCUUGUGGAGGACGGCAAGGUUCGCGCCUUCAGUACCGGAGAGAAGUUCAGGAAGCAUCUUGGGUUCCCGAUCCAUCGGGUAUUUGUCUCCCCGUUCCUCAGAUGCCUCCAGACUGCCGCGGAGGUCGUCUCCGCCUUGUGCGCUGUUGCUAAUACUUCCGAUGAUCCCAAUGACUUGACCUCCAACGGCGUGAUUGUUGAUCCUUCCAAUAUCAAGGUCUCAAUCGAAUUUGGUUUGUCUGAGAUGUUGAAUUCCCUAGCUAUUCGAGAUAACGUGGCUCCUAAAGAUGGGAUUUUUAGUUUUGAUAUCAACCAGUGCGAAGCUGUCUUCCCAGCUGGAACUGUUGAUAAUACUGUUGAAAUGGUUUAUAAGCAGCUGCCGAAAUGGCAAGAGACCGUAGCAGAUGCUAGGGCCAGAUACAUUGAGGUGAUGAAGAUUCUCGCUGACAAAUAUCCUUCAGAGAACUUGUUGCUAGUGACGCAUGGAGAAGGAGUUGGAUCUACUGUUGCCAGAUGCUUGAAGGAUGUUAUGGUAAGUGAAGUUGAGUAUUGCGGGUAUGCAGUCGCAAGCAGACCCAUAGUUUCCGGUGAAAAUCAUUCAUUCACUGCUGGUGACUUUGUUGGGUCAUCCAAUGGUUUAGUUGGUAUUUCAUUAGUCAAUGUACCUGAUGGUCCUGCUCAAAACUCAACAUAAAAUUGGCGUUCUGCCCAUCAUUCUUUCUGGUACUUAUUCAUUGUACCAGAUAUCACUUCGCCAUUUGUAAUGCUACUUCUGUUCUGACAAAGCACGGUUGUGAAACACCGAUUUACAUGGUUGGCAGAACUGUCUUCUUGACAUGUUACACGAACGAUGGCUUUGUGAGGACAUUACAUCUUAAAUCCAGAUAAUGUGAAAGUGUAUUAUGUACCAAAAA